AUGUCGUUGUGUCGUCUGCGCGCGCGCACCCGCACCACCCUCCCGCACGCCCCGCUGUCUGACGGGCGACUGACCGGGCGGCAGCGGCCGACGGAGAUGCGGCGCGCGCUAGAUAGUAGACGCUAUGGUACCCCGUGGGUUCGUUGGCCGGGGGCGGCGCUCACUCGUCAGCUGGCGGGACGUCGACCUCGCGUUUGGUCCCGGUCGGGCCCCGUUCGCCCCUCGCAGGCUUCCACGUGCUUCGUCGAUCGCAGCUGCCGCUUUGAGAAAAACAAACGAAUG